UCCCAACUGAAUCUUCAUUAUUUCUUUCUUUGUGGGCAGGUGACAACAUCUAAACCUUCCCUCCCUCCCUCUUGGUUUCCAAAAUCAUCAUUUGAAGCUAAUUCAUUUCUGGAAGAUUCUGCAUGCCUUCUCAAAAACCAAGUAGGAAAAACUUUGAAAGGAAAAACAUGGACCCAAACGUGGAGCAAAAGCCACCAAAGAUCAAUGUAAACAUCCCAGAGUUAGAUAUGAAUACUUUCAAAAAACAUUCUCACAUGAUUGUGUCACCAACAUCUCAAGCGCCGGCAGCGAGUAAAUCAUCAAAUGGAAGAUGGAAUUGCCUAUGCUCACCCACCACACAUGCUGGCUCCUUUAGGUGCCGACUCCAUAGGUCUGCCGCCGGUGGAAUGCACCGCGGUGGAUCUGUUGGCUCCAACCUCUCCGAAUUGGGGAAUAAAGCAGGUGCCAUUGGCCACUAACUCCAAGCUCAGUAACUUGCAUUGCAAGUAAUUAAUGGUGUUGCACAUAUACAACAUACUCAUACUCAUAUUAUAUAUAUACAGGAGCCAACAUUUGUUUAAGAGUGUUCUUCAUAGGUCCUUUACUUUUUCAAGGAUGUGAAAAUUUUCUUCUCUUGAACAAACUCAUUAAGGUGUUCAAUUUGUUUGUGUGUGGUGAUCAUUGAAAAAACUCAUAAUUAAGUUCUUGAAAAUUGAGAGGCCUUCUAUGUGAAACUAUCCUUGUUUGUUGUCAAGCUUUAUUAUUAUUAUAUAUAUACAUGUUAUCUCAA